GUCAUUGCUCAGCGUCGACACAUCACUGCCCGUCCUGGCCCUCCUUCGAUGUCUUCUCCCUAACUACUGGCAAGGGAGCCUCUCCCUAACCAAUGAGUCCCAUCAAUGACUCCUCUCUGUCGGCUGAGGCCGGUGUGCUUCUCCUCUCUUAGACCGCAGCCUCGUACCGUCCAGCGUCCCUCUCUACAGCGCACCUUUUGUGCUUCACGCCGGAAUCAUGCAGUCACAGAACUCCUUCAGGCUUCACAUUGGGUCUUUCAAGAAGUACACUCGGUCUCAGGUCUGUCAUGGGCAUUCUCGAUUCCCCUGACUGCUGCCCUCGCCAGAUUCGCUUGGUUUCCCAUCCAAUGCAAGAUCGAUCAGAACGCCAAUCGCCGCGCGGCUCUGUCAAAUAUUCUCCAAACCUGGCGUCACAUCUACCGACGCCAGGCAUUAGCAAGAUUUCCCCCCACAAGCCCAGCCGCGGCGGAAGAAGCUGAGAAAUGGGUCCAGUCUCAACUCAAGAUUCGGCAGGCUCUACUACAAAAGGACAACAAAGUACUUCCUUCGGGUGUCCCCUUCCUCCUCAUUGUGUCCUUCUUGCCAGUAUGGAUCCUCAAUGCAGAUGUCAUACGGCGUAUGACUGGAGACGAAAGAACCAUUACGAACUGGCUCGGGCUUACCAAGGGAACAGUCAACGCCGAGAUCGUCCCUCAAGAGCCUGGGUUUGUCGAUCAAGGGCUCCCUUGGGUGACAGACCUGGUCUCAAUGGAUCCAUACUAUAUAUUACCCCUUGCAUUUGGCGCUAUAUCUCUGGCAAACGCUUACGGAGCUACCAAAGCUCUUCUCAACCCCAAAAUGAAAGCCAGAAUCUUCGAAACAGUGGAAAGAUCCACUCCGACUGCGAUGCACAAGUAUCUCAACACUCGAUACCUUCUACUGAACCUUGCCCAAGCCAUGGCUUUUGCCGCAGGUGCUUUUCCACUCUACCUGGCAUAUAUCGGUCCUUCAUCUGCACUCAUGUUGUAUCUGAUAGGUUCUGCUUCUGCGCAACUGGUGCUUCGGCCGCUGGGCAAGCUGGCAGUACGAGGGUCCAAGCCUUUCACGGUGAUGCCCAUGGUCCAGAAAGCUCCUCAGCUCAACCCUAACCAUCAUGUGCCAGUGCGAACGCUGAGGCCUGCACAGCCUUCGACCGCAGUUCCACAAAAGGGACCACAAGCUCCACGAAGCCGUCCUCCUUCUCGCACCUGAGUCCAGUUCGCCUCUGGGUCUACUCGAGUCCUUGCCAUGGUCACGGAGAACUCUUCCGAAUCCAUGCGGAUUUUCUUUUGAUUCCGCGACGUGGUGAGCCAGCCUCAUGGCUUGUGGGCUUCUAAGGAGCUGUGCAUUGCGCGCAGUACAUCUCAUCUGCACCGUCAGUACUCGGAUUGAGCGGGAUCAGAAAUCCUUUUCCGACUUUCUAUGCACGGCAUACAAUACGUUCCGUCGAUGCCUCUGGAAUGUGUCUGAUCGCAUCUACAUCGCCAUUUCGACCUCGCGACAUAAAUCUCGACGGACAGAGUGCGAAAUACCACAGUUGUGCAACCUUCAGUGGCUAGCUGUAUUGAUGGUUGGCUCGGUUCCACCGGUGCGGAUUGUAGACUGUAAAUAUAUAAAUACACAAAGAUGAAGAAAAGAGUCUGGUCUGACAUGACGCCUCCAACUUGACCCUUGGUCUAUACCAAACUUAUGCCCCCUGCCUCCUUU